AUGAAGAACUCUAACGUUGAAUUUUUCAGCAUUGUUUUAGAUUUAUCGCAGCAGAAAGAAUUCAAGAAGGCGCAAGGCGCCGAGAUGGACUCAAAGAGCCUUCCAGGUGAAGUAGUUGUGAAAUAUUAUCCUUCAUCUCUGAAGACAAUAACGAAUAAAGAUAUAAUCAAUAAGCUCCUACCAGUAAUUGAGGAAGCAACGAUUGAAUAUGAUGAAGAAGGAAGUGAAGUAAUUGAGGAAAUAGACCCUGAAGCUUUAUAA